CUGUUGACAUACCGCCCAGCACAGCCACCUUUCGCUCUGCUCAAGAGGCAAGCUGAAUGGUCUCCCCCUAAAUAUGCUGGCCUUCUCUUCCUCUCCUAACAUUGUUUCCCGGGCACCUUUUCUUUCUUUCUCUUCCCUCUUAAACAGUUGUGGUCCAAGUUUGUUUGUUUACUUGAAGUCAGUCCCUCUGAAUCAGUGGCGCUUACUCCCAGGUGCUUCUCAUCUCCACCAACUUUCCUGGAACGUGCCCAGCAACUUGUACUUGGCUAGCCAUGCUGAUCCUGACCUGUCCCUCUAGGUUGCAGCUGCUUGAGGGUGUUCUGCGGAGGAGCUUGCCUCAGACACUUCCGGCCUAUGGUGCCGUGAUGCACAUCAAACAUGGAAACCCAGCUCAGCAUGAAGUGGUGGUGGACUCUUGGCCAGAAUUUAAAGUUGUUCUUACCCGCCCAUGUAAGGAGGUGGUACAAGACAAGUGGGAUUACUAUGCCAACUUGCAUGCUGCUUUCUAUUGGGACAUAGAUGCCUGUCGAGCACUGCUAGAAAAUGUGGGUGCCAUUGACUGGGGCAAGGCCUUCCAGCUGCAAGGCCUUCAAGAUGGACUGUAUGAAACCACUAAAAGUAUAGCAGAGGCCAGAGGCGUCCAUCUGGAACCGUAUUGUUACCUGACACUGAUGCAUCCAGAUCCAUCUACCUUGAGUCCCAGCGGGCUUAGAAGUGAGCACCUCUGCUUUGGUACACUCAACCCAUCUCACACAACUCUGCUCAACGAAACUUGGUACUUUGGGGGCAAUAGUCAGAGUCUGCGCUACCUGGACAGCUUGAUCCGCAACUUCCCUAAGGCCUGCCUCGUGGACAAGGAAGGCCAGGUGGUCUCCUGGUGCCUGAGUGAUCCGUAUGCUGCCAUGACACAUGGCUACACCCUCCCUCAGUAUCGAGGCCAGGGCUGUUCUGGAAAUGUGGUACGGAGGACAGCUGAACAGCUGCAUGCUCGUGGCUUUCCUGUUUAUUGUGGGGUUUCGUCAAAGAAUCACCAUUCCAAGAAGGCAGUACAGAAGCAGGGCCUCCAUGUCUUGCCUUGGACAUAUUAUAUGCUUAUUGUGACACCAGCCCCCAACCUUAAGAAAUAGUCAGUAGUAUCCCUUUCCUCAGAGAACCAGGGAGACCAUUUGUUUAAUCAUUUGGGGGUGGGGAAACAGCAAAAGGUUUAUUGGGGUGGGUAGUAAGACUCAGAGGUCUGCUCUGGAAUAUAUUCUGGAUUAAAUUGCUAAUAAGGAAUGUUUAAAAAUGGCACUUCUUGUGGUUUAUACCUUAUCAUAAACAAAGACACAGAUGCUCCUGAGGAAUAAUAAUGUGGUUCAAAAGGGAAGGGUGUGUUUGUAUGUGUGACUGAAUUUCCUCUGCUUUUCUUAAACAGUGAGUUGGCCUACCCAUUAUCAUUGUUUUAACUAUAUCAGCACUGCAAACCGCAGGACCAACCCCCCUGGAUAUAGAUCUCCUAUACAACACUGUCAUAUAUAUUGUUUCUACAAUGGGAUGUAAUGGCUGUUUGCUAAGACACCGAAAGCAUCUCAGAGGUGAGAAUUUACCCAGGCACUCAUCCAUCUGACUAGAGAGGUCCUUCCUCUCCCUUCAGACUCUUAGCACCACCUUGGUAGAUGUCCACUUCCUCCCUAUCUCUGAUUCAUUUUAGCACAACGCACUGUAUCCCUAAUACCCAUCAUGCACCCUUUCCCAUCAUCCCUCUAUGAUCUGGUCUGCACAUGCAGCAGAAUGACAGGGGUAGCAUAGAGUCCACCACUUCAGAUUGCAGAUUGGAGAUGCUCAUUUUGAAAGCUUCUCCAUAUAAGACAAGCAAACAAGCUCAUCUUCCAGCACCAUAUGCUCAGAGGCACAUGUUACCAAAUUCUUCCAAGCUACACAGGAAGUGCAUUGGACUCUGAAAGACCAACCCAAAUUUUUUUGCAUUUGUACAAAUUUGUAGGGCAGUACGAUAUCUCAGAGAGGAGGACAGGUCUCCUGCUCCCCUGGUGCAUUCAUUAUAGCUGUCCAAUUUCCCUGCUUUUUAAAGUUUGAUAGAAAUAUCUGUGGGCUAUAGGUAAGUUCAUAAACCGCAAGGUUUUUUGCCUAUUACUGAAUUUUAUUUUUUAAUCAGUUCAGUUUCUGUUAGUGUAGGAAGCUGCAAACUUUUGAGACACACAGCUCUCCAUUGCCUAUGCAAUCUUAAAACUUGCUCACUCAGCUUCCAACACAAGGUGAUAGCUACAAUAAACACUGGGCCUGUUUUGCACUGUUGACUGUUGACUGUUGACUGUUGAUUGUUGACUGUUGCAUCAACAACUGCUUGUGCCAAAUAUGAAAUUUGUUUUAAAAAAUCUAGAAUCUAGCCCAUACACUAGAAGUGAUGCUAUUAGAUUCACUUCAAAGAAGAACAAAGGAGGCCAUUCCCUAUAGUGGCAUCCUACACACACUCAGGUCAGGUGUCAGCAGUACCAACACUGAAGACAUUUCAGUGCCAAGUAAAAACGUGGCUAUUUGUCCAAACAUUUGACUAAAGUAGUGCUUUUGCCUUGGCUGAUAUAAUUGCGUUGUUAUAUUGUCUGGUUUUACAUUAAACUGCAUUUCAAUGAA